CCAAGCUAUGAACAGCUCCUAAUCCCGCGACGAGCAUCUCGAUUCAGCCUCCUCAAAGAUGCUCUCCGGAAUCCUGAUAUUCAACCAGAAGGGGGAGAAUCUCAUCUUCCGUGCCUUCCGCAAUGACUGCCGCCCGCGUUUAGCGGAUAUCUUCCGCAUCCAGGUCAUCUCCAAUGCGCAGGUGCGCUCUCCUAUCCUGACACUCGGAUCGACCACCUUCAGCCAUGUGAAGCACGAGAAUAUCUACUUGGUGGCGGUAACGAAGAGCAAUGCCAAUGCUGCGCUUGUGUUCGAGUUCCUAUAUCGGUUGAUCAUGCUGGGGAAAGGCUACUUUGGCAAGUUCGAUGAGGAGGCUGUGAAGAAUAAUUUUGUCCUGGUUUAUGAAUUGCUAGAUGAAAUCCUCGAUUUUGGAUACCCCCAGAACACGGAAACGGACACCUUGAAGAUGUACAUCACCACAGAGGGCGUCAAGUCUGCCAUCGCCAAUUCUCCCGCCGAUUCGAGUCGGAUUACUAUGCAAGCUACCGGAGCGCUGUCAUGGCGAAGAUCAGAUAUCAAAUACAGGAAGAAUGAAGCCUUUGUCGACGUGAUCGAGGACGUCAAUCUCCUGAUGUCCGCCACGGGAACGGUCCUGCGCGCCGACGUCAACGGACAGAUCGUCAUGCGUGCAUAUCUGUCCGGAACUCCAGAGUGCAAGUUUGGACUCAACGACCGGCUCUUGCUGGACAGUGAUGGGACGAAAGCCACACGCGCUGCGGCAGGAUCCGUUACCCUCGAAGAUUGUCAGUUCCACCAGUGUGUGAAGCUGGGUCGUUUCGAUGCGGAUCGAACUAUUUCCUUCGUUCCACCUGAUGGAGAGUUCGAGCUCAUGCGUUAUCGAGCAACGGAGAAUGUCAACCUCCCAUUCAAGGUCCACCCUAUCGUGCGAGAGAUUGGUACGACAAAGGUUGAAUACAGUGUCGCCAUCAAGGCAAACUACGGGGCCAAGCUUUUCGCGACCAAUGUCGUCGUGCGGAUUCCGACACCGCUCAACACAGCCAAGAUUACUGAGCGAACAAGCCAAGGUAGAGCCAAGUAUGAGCCGGAACAUAACAAUAUUGUGUGGAAGAUCCCGCGUUUUUCAGGGCAGAGCGAAUAUGUACUCACGGCAGAAGCUACACUGACAAGCAUGACUCAUCAGAAGGCCUGGAGCCGACCGCCUCUCAGCUUGUCUUUUAGUUUGCUUAUGUUUACCAGCAGCGGGCUGCUAGUGAGGUACCUGAAAGUAUUUGAGAAGAGUAACUACAGCAGUGUUAAAUGGGUGCGAUAUAUGACCAGGGCGGGAAGUUAUGAGAUAAGAUUCUAAGAAUUUCCGAACCUGCGUACCGCGUACGGACGAUAUGGCAUCGUCUUUGGUGAUACAGAAAUCAUUAGUUGUGCGCACAGCACCAUUAUCAGCAGCCAACAAGGCCACCGUCCGACUCCGUCCCACCAUCUCUUCGAAGUUGGUCAAGAUGGAGACUGCACUUCGCCCCAGUAGUGGUGAAGACUUGUCUGUGAGCAGGAAGGCGCAUUUUGGAACAGGUCUUCCACUAUCUUCAAUAUCUUCUAUCACUUGAGUCAAUGUCCGGGAUUAUUCGGACUUAGGGAGGUUUUCAUUGCCUGGCGUUUCUUGUAUGCCAUCCGUUGGGUUCUACUGCUUUACCUCUUUUGUCGCACAGCAUGUUUGAUAUCCACAAAGUUAAAUGGAGAAUAGAUUGCACAUGGGUAGCGGCUCUCGGUACAUAAAUAAUGCGACUUCAUACUCAUACCUUUGUUUCUAAUCUUUGGCC